AUUCCGUUCCUUCCGUCCAUCCAUCCGCCAUGGCGACCGCCACGCUACUGAGCUCCUCCUUCGCCAUGCCCGCCGCCGCCCGUAGGGCCUCCUCCCCUUCCUCCGCCUCAUUGAGCUUCGCCAAGUCGCAGCUCGCCGGCCUCUCCCUCUCCGCCGGCGUUGCAACUCCAACCGCCGUCGCCCUCCUCCCCAAGAGGCAGCAGCUCCAGCCCAUUGUCGCGCGGCGUGUGUGCCCGUUCACGGACAAGAAGACGAACCGGGCGAACAAGGUGUCGUUUUCCAACCACAAGACGAAGAAGCAGCAGUUCGUGAACCUGCAGUACAAGAAGCUGUGGUGGGAGGCCGGCAAGCGCUUCGUCAAGCUGCGCCUUUCCACCAAGGCCCUCAAGACCAUCGAGAAGCACGGCCUCGACGCCGUCGCGCGCAAGGCCGGCAUCGACCUCAACAAGAAGUGAGCCCAUCCGAUGAGCAGCCAAACUAGUGUGGGGUGGCACUAGCUUAGCAUUCACAUUCACGGGGUCGUCUCGUCUGUCUGUCUGCCUGCCUACCUCCUGCUGUUCUUUCGCAAUCAAAUCAUAUCAUUAUAUUUCCUCCCCGUUUUGAUUUGUGUACCAUACCAAUCAGUGUAGGCAGAUCGAGGUUGCACAUAUACGUUUUUGGUCUCGUGUUGGGUCCUCCUCUGAAUCGAUCGUGUCUCCAUUUCACA